CUCUCGCUCUGUGAGUCUCAAUUCAUUCAUUCAUUCAUCCAUACAUCUCUUUUUUACGUCCCAUCCAUCCUCUGCGCCCCCUCUCUCUCUCUCUCUCUCUCUCUCUCUCUCUCUUAUUUUCUACUUCGCCGAAAACACUGCUUCUCACGAACCCAGAAAAAAAAAAUCAAAAAAAAGCAAAAACCCACCAUGGAAUCCACACCUAAACCAGAGAAAAAUUGCCCUUUCCCGUGAAAGAUUCAUAGCAGUUCCCACCCACAGAAUAGUGUACUACCAAAUAAUUAAACCCACUCCCUUUUUUCCGAUUCCCAUAUGAUCCAAAAAUUUUCGAUUUUAAUUCAUCCUGUAAUCUAAUUUGUAAGCUUACAUAUCCAGUUGAGAGAAAUGGAUUCGGCGUCAGGAGCGGGCACGUCCGACCCGAUAGGGUGCGAGGGUCCGUCGGCGGCGGGAUUAGGACGAUCCGGAUCGGGGGAGGGGUCAUCGGCGGCGGGGGCGCAACAGCCGAGCCGGUAUGAGUCGCAGAAGAGGAGGGACUGGAACACGUUCCUGCAGUACUUGAAGAACCACAAGCCGCCGCUGACGCUGGCGCGGUGCAGCGGCGCGCACGUGAUCGAAUUUCUGAAGUACCUGGACCAGUUCGGGAAGACGAAGGUGCACGUGGGGGGGUGCCCGUACUUCGGGGAGCCCAACCCGCCGGCUCCGUGCGCGUGCCCGCUGCGGCAGGCGUGGGGGAGCCUGGACGCGCUGAUCGGGCGGCUGAGGGCCGCGUACGAGGAGAACGGUGGCCGACCCGAGUCCAACCCCUUUGGGGCUCGAGCGGUCCGUAUUUACCUCAGGGAGGUCCGGGAAGGUCAGGCCAAGGCCCGCGGGAUUCCGUACGAGAAGAAGAAGCGUAAGAGGCCGACGUCUGCCGUGGUCGUCACUGCGGCUAGUUUGUCGGCUGCGGCGGCGGCGGAGGUGGGAGAAGGUGGCGUUUCCGGUGGCGGUGGCGGUGGUGCUGCUGGGUCGGAUGCUGCUGCGGUUAUUGCUAGUAGUACAACUGCUGUAACUACUACUACUGCUACUGUUACUCCUUCUACCACCGCCGUAUAGUAUAAUAGCUAGCUUCCCCUUCUUGGUUCUUUUUGUUUUUCCAAUCCUCAAAAGCAUUAUCUCUAGCAUAACUGUGAUUAUUGAUCAUCAAGAGUUAUGAUCCUUGUUACUGGAUCAACCCUUCCAUAAAAAUUAGGAACUUAAAAUCUCUCUGUCUCUCUGUCUCUCGCAUGGAUAGAAAGGUAUAAUUAGUUAAUUGAAUUACCAUUGGAUUCUGCUGGUA